CCGGGUAAGAUGGCGGCGGCAGAACAGUGCUUGCUGUCUGCUCAGUGGCGUCCGGUUUCCUUGACACACGUAGAAUACCCUGCAGGAGAUAUUUACGGGCAGCUGUUAGCCUACCUCAGCUUAGGGCCAGUUUUCCUCCUCAUCAGUUUUCUGACGCUGAUUAUAUUCAAGAGGGAACUUCACACGAUUUCCUUUCUGCUGGGCUUGGUGGUUAAUGAAGGUGUUAACUGGUCAAUAAAGAAUAUUGUCAGAGAGCCGCGGCCAUGUGAAGGGACCCAUGCAACAGUGACUACAGAAUAUGGUCUCCCUUCCAGCCAUUCCCAGUUCAUGUGGUUCUUCUCAGUGUAUUCAUUCCUCUUUCUGUACUUAAGGAUGCAUCAAACAAACAAUGCCCGUUUCCUGGACCUCCUCUGGCGGCACGUGCUGUCACUGUGCCUUCUGACAGUGGCAUUCCUUGUCUCGUACAGUAGAGUGUAUCUUGUGUACCACAGCUGGAGUCAGGUGGUCUAUGGUGGCGUGACAGGGAGUGUCUUGGCCAUUGCUUGGUUUGUUAUCACACAAGAAGUUCUGACACCCCUUUUCCCGAGGAUUGCAGCAUGGCCAAUCUCUGAAUUCUUCCUAAUCCGAGACACCAGUCUCAUCCCCAACAUCUUAUGGUUUGAAUACACAGUCACUCGAGCAGAAGCCAGGAACAGACAGCGCAAACUGGGCACCAAACUCCAGUGAGCUGAUUCAGAGAGACGAGACCACUGGGAGGGGCGUCGGCAGUUAGGAUCCACUAAACCAUGGCCGCCUCUGAAGGGGACUGUAGCCAGCGCCGCACUCAUGCUGCAGCCAGGGAACCUUUUAAACUGACCGACCAAAUAGUUUAAAGCGAGACCUUUUUGUGGUGAUUUCCGCACUUCUGCAUGGCCGCGGGGGGGCUGCGGCGCUCACGUGCAUGCUAUCCAAUGAACCUUCUCCAAAUACUCAACUCAGGAGAGAGGCGGCUGUCAUCCUUUUUCUUUGUUUUUUGUUUUUUUUUUUUCCCAUUUUUCUUAAGAAAAAGUGCAUAUCCCUCCCCCGAGACCGUUUUUUUUUUAAUGCAUGGAUUUCCACUUUUUAUUUAAUUUUACUUUUUUUAAGUAAAAAAAAAAA